AUGGAAGGUCAAAGUAUUAAAGUUGAAAGACAGAUUACUUAUCUGGGUGUGGUGCUGGACCAUCGUUUGACUUGGCUGCCACAUGCAAAAUAUAUAAAAUCGAUAGCUACAAAUUUAUUUAAUGCAUUGGCCAGAGUGGCCAAGGCUAAGUGGGGCCUCACUACAGAGGCCAUCAAUACUAUUUACAAAGGGGCGUUUAUACCUAAGGUAACAUACGCUGCAAGUGCGUGGCAUGAAGCCACGAAGAAAACCUGCAUAAAAAGGAAACUAAGAAGCACGCAGAGAACAGCACUGCUAAGAAUUACGAGAGCUUACCGUACAACUUCUACCGAAGCACUUAUGGUAAUAGCGGGAACAACGCCAAUUGACCUAGUUGCACAAGAAAAGGCAAAAACAUACAUGUGCAGAAGAGGUCACAAUAUCAUACUAAAUGGGACUUCUCUCAGUGAAACAGAUUAUGAAUGUCAACCAACUGCAAUUAUACUACCAAGAACAUAUAAUCGCAAGGCCAUUGUAAUGGCAGAAGAAGAGGAGAGUGGAGAAAUGGAAAUCUUCACUGACGGAUCGAAGGUUGAGAACCAGGUGGGAGCCUCUUACCUGGUCAUGCAAAAUGAAAAAGAAAUAUAUCAUGACAAAUUCAGACUUGAUGACCGGUGCACUGUGCACCAAGCCGAACUUUUUGCCAUACUUCAAUCAGUGAGAUGGAUCAUCUCCACCCGACUGACCGGCUCCAUCAUUAUUGUAAACACUGAUAGUAAAGCUGCUAUUUGCUCUCUGCAGCAAUUUAAUGAUAGAAAUAUUAUGGCAUUAGAAAUUAAGAACUUAAUUAACAAACAUGAACUGAAUAUUAAAAUAAAGUGGGUUAAAGCCCACGUAGGCAUUAUGGGCAAUGAAAGAGCAGAUGCUCUGGCCAAGGAGGCCACAUUACAGAGUGAAAUAGCAUAUAACAAAAUACCAUUGUCCUAUAUUAAGAAAAUGCUUCGACAAGAAUCCAUACAGGAAUGGCAAGAGGAGUGGAGCUACAGUGAGAAGGGACGGCAUACCUUCUGGUUGCUUCCUAACAUUCAAGAAAGGAUACAUGAUCUAAACUGGCUCCCAAUAGAUCAUAUAAUGACACAACUGUUGACUAAUCACUGCAAUACUAAAGAAUACCUGAAUAGGAUCGGCAAACAUCAAGAUAUAUCUUGUGAAUGUGGAAAUGGAAACCACAGCUUGGAACACGUUAUAAAUGACUGUUCAAAAUACGACAUGGAUAGGAUGCAGCUACGGCUGUUAAUCACAGAAUGCCUGAAUACCACUGAAUUGGAUUUAUACAGAAUCAUUAGGACUAAAACAUUAGCCCAAGAUAUGAAAACCUUCACGUGCAAAGUUCUGUCGUGA